AUGGAUGAACAAGAGCAAGAGAGCGCUCGAGUUAGAGCUGAGCUGGACGAGAUCAAGGGAGGCAUGUCCCAGAUGCGAGAGAUGUUGCAAGCUUUAACCUUCAGGUUUGAGAUUCCACAAGUGACUGUGAUUUUAGAGACCACGAGCCCAGCAGUGGAAGUCCAACCUCAGAGGACGUUACCCCCAAUCCUUCCUCCAUAUGGGUUACCCUAUGACUUCAUCCCCCGAGUGGAGGUGGUGCGCAACAUGGGGAAAUCUGUCCAACAAGUCGUGCCAUUACCGGUUUACACCGACGCACGUCCGGUCAUCCAUAUUGUGGUUCCACCAGCUGCCUAUGCUAGGCAUAUUCCUCACUAUGAAGAUCAAAACCACAUGUAUCAGACUGUCGACUUAACCGUUGUUGGUGACGAAGUAAGGCUUGAGGAUUUCAGAGAAGUAAAUGAGAACAUGCAGCUCCUCGAGAAGAAGUUCCGAGAUCUAGAAGGAGACCACGUCUUUGGAUCUGCUGCCAAAGAAAUGUGCCUGGUAUCCGGGUUGGUGAUUCCAGCCAAAUUCAAAACUCCAAACUUCGACAAAUACAAGGGGCAUACUUGUCCAAAGAGCCAUCUCAUCGUGUAA